AUGCUGCUACGUUUUCGAAUGUUACCUUAUGUAGCAAUAUCGGACGUGGAGAAAGCCUUCUUACAGGUACACCUCAAUGAAAUGGAUAGGGACGCCACGAGAUUUAUCUGGGUACGCGACGUGGACCUACCAGUCACUGAAGACAACAUCGUCACAUACCGUUUCACCCGGGUCACAUUUGGCCUGAACGUAUCGCCAUUCCUCUUGGCUGGUACAGUAACCUACCACUUACAUCAUGUCGUUGAAAACAAAGAAUUGGCGAAGGAAAUCAAGGACAACUUAUACGUGGAUAACCUGAUCCUAGCCGCACGUACCCCUGAAGAUCUGGCCAAAAAAGUCGUAGAUUCACGCGAGAUUUUCCAGGAUAUGGGGAUGAACCUGAGAGAGUUUUUGGCCAAUGACGUUAAUCUCAAGGACUUCAUCUCUCAAGAGGCUUGCGCGAAAGCAGCGGUGCAGAAAGUGCUAGGGAUAGAAUGGAAUGCAACAGGAGACUACCUCUCCAUGUGCUGUACUUUACCAUUCAUAGGCCAAGUCACAAAAAGGAUUGUAGCGCGACAAAUAGCGGCCGUAUACGACCCAUUGGGGUGGCUGGUCCCACUGCUGACGCAGGCAAAGCAUUUCCAACAAACCUUGUGGAAACACAAGUUCGAAUGGGACAAUAUUCUUCCAGCAUCCCUCCAGGAGCAGUGGCAAAAAAUCACACAAAACAUCAACGGGUUUGCCCGUACCUUUCCACGACGAUUUUUCACACAACCUCAAGACAAGGACACUUGCAUCGCAGUGUUCGCUGACGCCAGUGACAUCGCCAUGUCCACAUGUGCGUACCUAUUCGAUGGAAAGCACUCCGCGCUGGUAAUGGCUAAAUGCAAAUUGCCAUCGAUAAAAACGACCACUACAAUGCCAAAGAUGGAGAUGAACGCAUUAACAAUGGCAGCUCGAUUGACAUGGUCAGUAUACCAAGCCAUGAAGGAGCCCUGGCCAAAUAUGUCCGCUUCUCCACCACAAAUUGUCAUCCUUUCGGAUUCCCAAAUUGCAUUGAGCUGGCUAACAACGUCAGAGGAAAAGGCCAGUCCAGGUGUCCUUAUUUCCAACCGAAUAAAGGAAAUACGCAAGAUCACCGCGGCCCUAAACGACGAAGGUCUUACAGUACGUUUCGCAUAUGUAAACACAAAAGACAAUCCUGCUGAUGCGGGAACACGGGGGCUGAACCAGGAACAGUUACAGGACCAUCCCUGGUGGACGGGGCCAGAUUUUUUACGGACACCUAUCAACCACUGGCCCACGAUUUUUUAUCCAUAUGACUGGCUGGGUACUCACGAAACGGAAGAAUUGCAGCCUCCCACUGAAGCAGGUACAGUCUCGAUCACAAUGAACUCAGCAUCAACGAGACUUCUGCAAGAAUCCUGCAAUGACCUGAUCGACGCCAAACGCUUCAGCUCCUUCAAGAAAGCAAAGAGAGUGACAGCAUGGGCGCUGUUGUUUAUUAAAAAACUGAUGCGCUCACUACCACAACAGUCAGUGGACAGGAUAUUCCAGAAAAUACCAGAGCUACGGACCAUACAGGACACAACAAUACUUUUGGGGCAGCACAUCAAAGCGGCACGGAUUGCGCUACUCCGAAACCAUCAAUCUUCAUUUCUAUCACAUUACCAUAAAAAACUGCGGAAUGACACUUUGCGUCUAUAUCAAGACAAGGACCUUCUAUGGCGAUCACAAGGACGCCUCCAGAACUCGACAUUAGGAGCAGAUGCGAAAUCACCCAUUUUCGUGGCUCCGAAUACACCUCUGUCACAACUCCUCAUCAAGGACGCUCAUGGCGAUUACCAUCAAGGUGUGGAACAUACAAUCGCCACAAUUAGACAAACGUACUGGAUACCAAAAAUACGGCAACAAGUACGAAAACUAGUGAGCAAAUGCGUACAAUGCAGACGACUAAAUGCCCUUCCUUACCCAUAUCCAGACAUGACUGAUUUACCACAACAAAGGGUUUAA